AUGGUGGAAAGCCAGAAGGUGCUGGACUUGGGGGGCUCCUCAGAGCCUCAGGUGGUCCGGAUGCUCAUGAAGACCCCCUGGCAGACAGAAGAGUUCAUGGUCCACAAGGACAUGUCUGUCCAGGAGCUCAAGGCGCACGUUGCCCGGCAUUUCGCCGCCUCUUCGCCAGACCAAGUGGAGCUGGUCUAUGCCGGGAAGGUCCUGAAGGACCACAAGGCCUUGGGCCAGUAUGCCAUCCAGCUGGAUGACGAGGCCCUUGUCCACGUGGUCAUCCGGUCCCAGCGGGGAGGUCCUCCGAUGCCACGGGCCCCCAGCAGCGCCUUUACUCGUGACUGCCUCCGCGAACUGACCGCCAGCCUGGGCCCAAACACGGCCAAGUUCGAGGCCUUCCAAAGCCGGCUGAUGUCUCAACCGGAAGUCAUGCUGCAGCUGCUGGAGAACCCCUUCAUCCAGAGCAAGCUCUCUAGCCCGGACCUGAUGAAAGAGCUGGUCACCAACAGUCCUCAGGAGGUGCGGCCGGCCACUCAGCGGCCCUCCGACGCCAACCAUUUCUUGACUUCUCCGGAGGGACUGCGGCUGGUGGUGGAGCUGGCCAAGCACCCGGCCGCAUUGAGGGAGCUCCUCUGGCCAAAUCCCCCAGCUGCUGGAUCCCCAGGAAGCAUCCCCGGUGGACACAACAACAACAGCAGUGGUGGCCUCCAAGGGACCUUCUCCGAGGUCCAAGGAUUCCUGCCCAGAAGGUCAACCCCAAGCAAUGGCCACCAUGACGAAAAGCCCGGCCGGAUCAGGGAACGCCUCUCACCCCGCAACCCUUGGCCUCCGAAGGCAUCCCCAGGGGGCAACAACCACAGCAGAGGAGAGAGCUACGGCAUCGCAAGAGGAGAGGCCGGGCCACUGGUGAAGAGCCUUCUCCACCAGAUCAUCAAGCACCUCCUGCAGAACAUGAUGGGCAGCCCCUCCAGGAUGGCCACCGGUGGUCAAGCAGCCCAGAGGAGUGCGGCUGGAUCUAGAGCCUCCCAGGAGCAAGGAGCAAUGCACAUCCCGGCCCUCUUGCAGCAGAUCCAGAGCAUGGACCUCCUCCUGGCCAACUGGAGCCCCAAAGAGAUCCAAGGCUUGCUUGACAUCCAGCAGCGGCUGCAAGCCCUGGCUACAGAUGAACUGCCAGCUGCAGAGAGAAGAGGGCGGUCUGAGCGUCCGGCAAGGAGGGCCCACUCCAUCACCUCUCUCUGCGACUUGGCUCCACCGCCGGACUCCAACAGCACCGGACGGAAGGACUUCUCCGGUGCCCAGCGGAUCCUGGAGAGUUUGGUGGGGUCCGGUUUCCUCACCAGCCCAAAGCCCACUGGACAUCAAAGGGGCUCCUCAGCCCAGCCGUCAGCCAAGCAGAAGCGGACCUACAAGCUCUGA